UAAUAUUUGAUGGCCAAACAAGUAAAUUCCAAAGGUCAAUUUUCUUAUGAAGUGCCUCACAAGAGAAGGCUAGCACUGUAUUCCUUUUGCACAAAGCCUGUGACAGAGAGAUCAGGUAAAUUACACGGGAGGGCGUUGUACUGCAAUCUUUACAACAUUUUUACUUUCAUUAAAAGCAGCCUCACCCCUGCUCCCUUCUUGGCUCACUGUGCAGUCCUGUACUUGGGUUGUACCAGGAAGUGAGUCUGUGUGCAUCGGUGCAGUUAAUUAACUACAUGCUCCUCCAUAAGUCAUACAACUUAAUACAGGAAACAAGAUGAUGAAAAUGUAGCAAGAAAAGAAAUAUAUUACAAGUGGAAAAGUUAUGCUUCAGCAUGUCUGCUUGGAGGAUCAGAGUCCUGGUAGCACUGUGCUUCCUUCAGCAGCCGAGAGGUCAUAUUCAGCUUCCCCCUCCUCAGAAUGUUACACUACUGUCAAAAGAUUUUGACAUGAUUUUGACUUGGACUCCAGGAGAAGGAUCUCCACCAGAUGUGACAUACACUGUGAGGUAUGAAAGCCAGGAACGGAUGGACAAAUGGAUAAAGGUUCAUCAUUGUAAAAAUAUCCACAGUACCUCUUGCAACCUGACUUGUGUACUUCCAAACUUCUUCAUUAAAUUCCGGGCUCGAGUAAAAGCCAUUUCUGGAAAACUCCAGUCACCAUGGGUAGAAUCCCAAUUCAAGGAAUACUAUUUGGAUGUGAAACUGGCUCCCCCAGUGCUAAAUGUAAAUGUACAGGAGAACCUACUCCAUGUGAAUGCCACCUUCCCUUUGGCCACCUGUGUGGAGAGUUUAUCCUGGAUGUAUGACUUGAACCUUUGGGAAGCUGGAUCUGAAGACAAGAAGCAAUACGAAAGUAUCUUUAGGAAGAAUACAGUGACUAUCGACACCACUGUGCUUAGAGGCAACUACUGCUUGAGUGCCAGAUCCUCCUUCCAAAGCAUUGGCUUCAAGUACAGCAAAUUCUCCCAACCAGUGUGCAUGCUUUUAAACCAUAAAGCAGUGGAAUGGAAGCUCCCAUAUUCUGCCAUGAUCCCUGUGUUUGUCUUCCCCAUCCUUCUGACAAGUGCCUUCAUCGCCUGGCUGCUGAAACAAGAUGCUAAGCAUAAGAAGCUGCCUCAUGCCUUGGAUUUCUCUAAUUUUAAAGUUGCUGGACCACCCUUUCACUGUGAGCUCAGAGAGGAGUUCCUCACGGACUCUCUGACCUGCACAGAGAAGCCAGUGUCACAAGGGAAGAAAAAUAGAAUGUCACCAAGAAACAAUCUAUCAUGGAUGGCUUCUUUCCAGUCAUCAUUGUCAUCAGAAGAGGAGGAGGAAGAUGAAGAAGACAGCAGGACUUUCAUCCCAUACACUGAAAUGCGUCACUUUCCAAAGAGAUGUCUGAACUACCAGCUAUCCAGAACUGCUGGGCCAGAAACAGGCAUGGACUUCACAUCUAGUGGUCUGUCUGUGGACAGUGGAUCUGUGCUGGACUUCAUGGCCUUGGGUUUCUCUUUCUUUCCAGUGAGACAGAAUGAAGUGGACAUGUCACGAUCCCAAGGAAAUGAAAAGAUGUCCCUUCCUCACAGUUCCUCUUUGGGAAGAAUAUCCCUCACUGGUGUGAGAUUCCCAGGUCCCACGGAACAUGAUACAGACCAGGAUGACUGCCUGGAAAUGACCCCCCUCCAAACACCACUGAACAGGAUUUCUGCCAAACUUCCUGAUGAACACUGCCUGCACAGGAAGCAUCACCAUGUCACCACAUGUCACCAGAAACCACUAGCUGAUCUGCCCAUCCAGGUCAGGGAGAAGUCACAGCUCAGUGUGGAUCCCAGCAGAACAACUCAUCUGCUUUCAGACCUUACAGGUGGCAGAAGAUGAAGGUAUUGCAAGUGACUGUGACAGCGAUCAUUUUAUAGAAGGGACACCUCCUGCAUCCACAGUGCUAAGUGAUGCAUUUAGAACUUCAAAUAUGGAGGGAAAAUAUGAUCAAAGGUUUAAAUUCAAAAGCUAUCA